ACCCUAUGGGAAUUAGCCAUGAAGAGAGAAGGCUUCCGUGCCACAAAGAGCAGCUACCUCUGCAGUGCGCACUUCAAAGCAGAAGAUUUCGACCGCACGGGUCAGACUGUGAGAUUACGGGCUGAAGUCGUACCAUCAUUGUUUAAUUUCCCAUCACACCUGCAGCAAAAAAAAAAAAUGACUGCAUCAGUUCUCUCCACUGGCUGGCAGUCAGACAGUAACCUGCUUAUCUGUCUGAAACAUCUGUUUGACACAAAGAUUGGCUCAGACGUGAGAUUUGUUGUCGGAGAGAAACAGGAUGUAGUAAAAGGUCAUCGAAGUAUACUGAUCUGUCGGAGUCCAGUUUUCUGUGACAUGUUGACCACACAGAAAUCCGACCCUGUCCUUACUGAGUGGUCAAUCAAGGUUGCAAAGGCUCCGAAGAAUGUCUUCAAUAUUUUUCUCAGGUACCUGUACACCGACAAGGUUGAUCAAGAGAUUACUGAAAACAUUGCCAAGGACUUAAUAUGCCUGGCCCAAGAGUAUCGCGUCAACACACUUGUAAAUCACUGCAAAAGACUCCUGAACAAUAGAGUACAAAAGGACAAACUAAAAUCUUGUGAAAAAACAUCAACCACAGAACACCAUUUUGACAAUACGGGCCAUGUCUCAAAAGUGAUUGAUAGACAUCAAACACCAAUAGGGAGAGUGCUACAUUCUGCUUCUGAUAAUAGUAUGUACUUUGUGAGUUCUUUACAGAAAACGUGUGAUAACACAGGAGGUCAUUUACAAACAAGUGGGGGAGUUUUGUCUCAAUCAUCACAGAAAAGAAUUGGUCAGGAGGUUAAAUGUUCACAGGGAAUGAAAGAAAAUCAAACAAAAGAUAUCAAGGAAGACAGCCCUGAGGAAUGUAGUGAUUCAGCUGGAGGUACAACUCUGAUAAAAACGAACAAUAGUGAUACUAAAAAUAGAAAUCAUACACUGCAUAUAAAGGUAGAAGUUCCUGACGAUUGUAUCAAUCAAACUGAGAACAAGUCACAAAGUUCUGUGUUAGACAACUGGGGCAGCAUAUAUCAUAGGGAAAGUGAUUCACAGAAUGUUGAAUCAGACAAUACAGAGACUGACAAAACGUACACUGAUGAAGUACAACAUAUCAAAACAGAGAUUGUAGAUGAUUCUUUUCAUCUCGCGGGUUCAUCUUCGCAGCGCGUAGGUGUUGUGUUGGAAAAUCUCGAGGAUGGGAGUUACAAAUGUUCUGAUGGCAUAUCGCAAAAUACAAAUGAAAGUCAGUCACAAGAGGUCAAGGACGAAUUAAUCGAUGAAACCAUGGAUACUGAUAGUCACAGGGAAAGAAAUUGCACAGUGAAUAAUUCAGAAGAAAUGGAUGCUACAGACACAGAGGAUGACACUGCUGUUGAUGAAAAUUAUACAGACAGUCAUUUGGACACCAUCAAAAUAGAGACUCCCGAUGAUGAUACAGAUAUCGACACUUCCUGGCAGUCUGUUGAACAAACUUCGAGUCCAAGUGGUGAUGAAGGCACAUAUGUAAUGGGACCCACUGCAACUGAAAAAACGCCAGUCACGACGAGUGCUAUUACAUCUCCAGAACAACUCUCACAAGUUUCUGAUGAUGGACCACGACCAAAAAGAUUCAAAGUGGCCUCUGAAGAAGAGCUUGAUGAGUUGUUUGAUGCUCGACAUGCCAUAUCUACCAAAAAGAACACCGCUUGGGGAAUGAAGUUAUUCCAAGAUUGGAACAUAGAAGUUUCAGGUAAACCUCUUGAUAUGGCAGCAGUUAGUGUGCUAGAUUUGGCGGAAUUGCUGCGAAAGUUCUACUAUGGUGCCAGACCAAAUAAUAAAAGGAACGAACAGGCGUACCAUAGCAACACACUGAUAAACAUUCGCGGAGCAAUCAACAGACAUCUAGCAAAUAUACAUAGGAAUAUAGAUAUUGUCAGAGAUAAAGAAUUCAAACAUGCAAAUGGCGUUUUGGAUGGGCUGCUGAAACAACGGAAAAGAUCUGGGCUUUGUAAGCCAACAGCACACAAACAUGUCAUAGAACCUACCCAUCUACAAAAAAUCUUUGCUUACCUGGGAAAUGCCGAGUCUUCUCCGAUCAUUCUUCGUCAGUGUGUCUGGUUUAAUUUGUCAAUGUACUUUGUGACAAGGGGUAUGGAGUUUCAUCAACAAUUAACACCUCAUUCGUUUGUAUUCCAACGCGAUGAACAUGGGGAGUAUGUCACACUCGCAAAUAGCCACCAAGAAAACCAUCAAAGUGGUUCAAGGGGAAUGUUGCAUGAUAAACGUAUGUACAGUGUACCAGAGUCAUCGUCUUGUCCAGUGAAAAUGCUGAGACUUUUGUUAGAAAAAACUAAUGUCAAUGCCACACAUUUGUUUAACCAGUACAAUAAGGAGGCAUGUCUAACACCUGGGAUCUCAAACAUUUGGUACACCCCGAAACCCUUGUCAAAACGGACAUUCGCACGUUUUCUCUCUGAUAUUUGUAAAGCGGCCAAUGUUGAUGACAAUUACACACCUCUCUGUCUGCGAGCCACUGCUCUACAAUAUUUGAGUGAAACUGGGUUUGACACAAGGCGGACUGUGUCCUACCGUCGCAGUGAGUCGUCACGUUCUUCUAACCGUCCUUCGUCGUAUUGUAGGAAGCAUCAGAACAACUCACGAACAGACUUAACAAACAGAGCUGCUCCAGUUCCUCCUGCAUUAGCAUUACAAAUGGCAGUGUUGAACCCUGGCCAGACUACCAACACUUCACAGCCACCCAACACAAUAUCUGUCACUUCAAAUACCCAGAUUGUUCCUGGCACUUCCAAUGUGACCUCUACUGCAACAUUGUACCCACAACCGGAUUCCGUACAAGUUCGUCCAUUUAAAGAUUCCUAAUUUUGCUUCAAGACUUUCAUCUUAUAAAAAGUGUUCCUGUGUAGGACUGAAUCGCUACAUUAUGGUAUGGAAGCAUCAAUAUUCUGUUGGUUGUGUUAUAUGUGAUAUUAGUCAGUUCAGAAUAUAAAAUUAUAAUGUUUUUGUGCUAUUUAUUUAUGUGCAGUUUGACUGUUAUUUUGAAGUCCACGGAACAAUUUGAAAAAGUUGAUUUAUCCCAAUAUUCUAUUUAAGUGAAAUCAAAUGUUUAGUGAAAAGUUUGGCUGGGACAGAUGAAACUCUUAAAAUUAUACUGGGUCUUUGAGUGAUACGAGUUGGAAAUAAUGAAUUUUGAUUGUAUUUUGACUGUAUCUUGACAAUACUGUGUCAUUUUUCGUCCACUAUCAUCUGAUGGUGAGCUAUUCAAAUCUCACACCUGUUUUUUGUCCGUCUGUACAUAAACAGUUUUUGUUAUUGCUAUUUCUUGAGACAUAAGUACUGAAUGGAUCUUUCUCAUAUUUCAUAUGUAGGUUUCCAUUGGUCCCUAGUUGUGCCUGUUAGAUUUUGGGACUGUUUAGAGAAAAAAAUGACUGACAGGUGGCCAUCUUGGAUUUUGAAUUUCAAAGUUUGUUAUUGCUAUUUCUUGAGAGCUAUAUCAUAGAUCUUUCUUACAUUUCCUGUGGAUGUUUCUCUUGAUCCCAAGUUGUGCCUGAUUGAUCUUGGUACUGAUCAGACUCAUAUUUUUCUAGACCUUUGUAAAAUACUGUAUAUAAAAACAGAAAGCAAUGCAACACUACAGACAGGUCCAAACCCAUGACUUUUUAUCAAGACAAGGCAAAUCUUUUACCUGGUAUUCAAAAUGUGUAACAGUCAAUUGUUAUCUUUAAGGAUUAACUCGAUUCAAAUUUUACUCUGUAGAGCUUGCCGGAGUUGGAAGGUGUAGUCCAUUUUAGGGUUGUGAUGUUUAGUAGUAUAUAUGUAUAUAGGAUUUACAUAAUUUAUAUUGAGAUUACAUAGUCCUCCAUAAAUACUUGCUAAGAUAUCACUUUGUACAGUUUCUGUAUCUUGUGUGGAAAUUUUUUAGGAAACUUGGCUACAAUAAAUUUUAUCUAUAAAAGAUGACAGGAUGUGUAACAACUGCCAAAACAAAUUAAUAAGUCUUCAUUGAAUGCUUUAUAGAAGUGUGUAGACGACUGAACUUUUCAUUAGAUAAUACAACUACUAAUGGUAGACAUAUAUAUAUUUAUGUUUGAUUGGGUGUGUAGCUAGCGUCAAUGUGGCUCAUAGCGCUAGUCAAGCUAAAUAAAGAAUCUUAAUAUGACUUACUCCUGUUGCAGUUUAAAAUAUUUAUAUGUUGUGUUAAUUGACAAUCUACUGAUUCAUUGAUGACGUUUAUUUAAGUAUUGAACUGCUUUUAGUCAGCAUUCAUGGGCAUAUAAUUGCCAUCAAGAUAUGGUCAAAUUUAGUAAAUAGUGUCAGCAUAUCAUGUUUUAUUUGUUUUAUCCUUUUGGCAUUCAGAUGCCCAUGAUUGCCAGCUGAAGGCAGUUUGAUCCUUAUCAUUUUCAAUUUUCGUCUUGUUACAAGGGAAGAAAACCUUAAUCUGUUCAUGUUAUUUACAAUAUUUCUACGCUGCUGGCAGUUCAUGAACUUAAAAAGCAAAACAGAUAUUGGUAAGGUUACAUCGUAGCAAUGCCGUAUAAUGGUAAGUAUAGGUUGAUGAAUAGAUAAAGGUGAAAAUCGAAGGUUUAUCUGUUAUUGUAGGAAGUAUCAUGUAUGAACAUGUAACAGGUUAUUUUUGUGACACUUCAAUUACUUUUAACCAAUAGACACUGUCAAAUUAUUGUGCAAAAUUCUAUUUUGAACAAAUUAGUCCAUUGAUGAAUUUGCGUAUUUCAGCAAUUGCUAUAUAAGUGACAACCUACAGAAUUUGUAACAAUUACCGUAAUUAGUGAGACAAUAUUCAAACUCAAUGUCUUUAAUAUGUAAAAUGCUAAAGCAAGAUCAAUGCUGAAAUGUUCAUGUUUACAGUACCCCAUUUUGUAUAAUCAUCUGAUGACAUUUUUUAAAAUUUGAUUUAAACAUAAUUUUAUUGCAUUACAUUUGCAGCAGGAUUGGGCACAAGUUAUACAACUUAUACAAAGCUGUUUCCCGAGAGUAAAAUGCACUUACACACAUAUAAACAAAACUCAGAUACCAUAUUUACAAUAUGUUACCUAGAUUUAUACUCUCAUCUAUAUACUGGUGAUAUUAUUUUAGCAAUACCAAAUAAACACCCUCUGGACAUUUAAAGUUUUGUUUUUCAAAGUAAUUUCAAUUUUACUUGGAAUAAACCUAUCAAAUAUUCAUGUAGUGUUUGCAUGAAUUUAAUUUUUUUCUGGAACAAAAACUUAAGAUUUUGAGAAAUUACAAUGAAGUCUUCAUGACUUUUCCAAUUCACUUCAGAUUUAUUUUAGUGACAUGAAAACAAGUUCUGUAAAAUAUCAGGAAAGUUUUCCUCUCAGGAAAAGUGACAAUUUAGGGGUAAAAAUGUCAUAUUUUGAGUGAUUUUGAGAUUUGAAGAAUUUACAAAAUUUUCAUUUCAUAUUUGACAAUACAUCAGUAUUACAAAGGAGCGACGACACCAUCCCCUUCAGUAUAACAUAUCAUUAUGCAACCUUAAGAUUUUGAUUCAUGUACAUCAAAUGACCAAACAAGUAUUCACGUCUUAUCUAAGGUGUUGUACAUGGAACCUUCUCUUUCCCCAUGAAAUGUUCCAGGAGAGUAGAAUAUUUCCCUUUUAUCAUUUGUAAUUUUUAGUUAAAGUUUGAUACAUGUUGUGGCCUGAUAGAAGCAAUUAAUUUUAAAGCAAUAUAUGGACAUAUGAUGUUAUAAUUUUUAAUGUAAAUUUUUGCUUUUUUCUAUCUCGGUAUAAAUUGAAGAAUAUAUCUAAUUAGCAUUAUAUAAGUAUGACGAGGAAUUGUUUAAGGAGAGUGAGUGUGAGAAAAGUGAUGCUAAACCUAUUAGUUGUACAAUAUGCCCAGAUCUAAGGGGGCCAAAAUGUUAAAUUAUUUAUGGCUUUAGAAACAAAAUCUGAUUAAAAUCAGCUGUUACAUGGUUGUUGUGUACUGAGUGUGCGCCCCAUGUAACUAUGUGUAUUACCCAGUGAACCAAGCCAUGUUACGACUACAUCAAUCAUAAUACAAGUAGUACUUAGUAUAAACUAAGCCAUGUAACAACACAUUUUAAUUAGAUUGACAUCAUUUAAUUAUUUUUUUUAAUUUUUAGUUUCAUCAGUCAUUCAGACUUCUGCAGAUAAAGCAAUAUGGGACAUGAAGUAUUUUUAUCUGUAAACAGCAAAAUAAAGCUAUGAAAGUCUUUGAUAUUGUACAUGUAUACUUGUAUUGUUAGUCAUUUCAAUGUCAACAGUCCAACAUUAAAAAUAU